AUGAGUCGGAAAGAGAAACAAGACAGCAGCAUCAAGCAAAGACGGUACCGUGUGCGGGCGCUGACGCUGCACCGAUGAAAAGACACACACAACUGAGGAUUGCACGACUGGUUUUAUUUUAAAUUGGUCAAUGUCUGGUUUAGUUAAUGAUAUAGGUCGAACGCCGCGUUUCCCCUUAAUCAGUAUUUGCACGGUUGCAGUGGGUUUUUCAUUUGGAAGAUUCGACCUGCUUGUUUUUGGAUUCUGAAUGGAAGCUGCAGCAGAGGGAGCGGCGAGCCUGUCCGUGGCCGUGGAAGGCAGUCCGUUAACCGGUGCUGUAGCGUCUGACGAGGCGGAGACUGUCAUCGGUGUCAGCUACGGCAUGGACGCUGGAGAUAUAGAGGCUGCUGCUAAGAAGGCCUUCAUCACAGAGAUGCCCUCCUCCUCUGGACAGACAGGCUCCGGCCCUGGCAAGAAGAUCGGACACAGGGGAGUGGACGCAUCCGGGGAGACCACAUACAAGAAGACCACAUCCUCAGCCCUUAAGGGAGCCAUUCAGCUGGGCAUUGGCUACACCGUGGGCAACCUGAGCUCCAAGCCGGAGAGAGAUGUGCUGAUGCAGGACUUCUACGUGGUGGAGAGCAUCUUCUUCCCCAGUGAAGGCAGUAAUCUGACCCCAGCCCACCACUUCCCUGACUUCCGCUUCAAGACGUACGCUCCUGUAGCAUUCCGCUACUUCCGUGAGCUCUUCGGCAUCCGGCCUGACGACUACCUGUACUCCCUCUGCAAUGAGCCCCUGAUUGAGCUGUCAAAUCCUGGGGCCAGCGGGUCCGUUUUCUACCUUACCAAGGACGACGAGUUCAUCAUCAAGACAGUCAUGCACAAGGAGGCCGAGUUCCUGCAGAAGCUGCUACCUGGAUACUACAUGAACCUGAACCAGAACCCCCGCACCCUGCUGCCCAAGUUUUUCGGGCUCUACUGCGUCCAGUCGGGGGGCAAGAACAUCCGCGUGGUCGUGAUGAACAAUGUGCUGCCCCGCGUGGUCCGCAUGCACCUCAAGUACGACCUCAAGGGCUCCACCUACAAGCGCCGCGCCUCCAAGAAGGAGCGGGAGAAGUCCAAGCCCACCUUCAAGGACUUGGACUUCAUGCAGGACUUGCAGGACGGGUUGAUGCUGGACACGGACACCUACAGCGCCCUGGUCAAGACCCUGCAGAGGGACUGCCUGGUUCUGGAGAGCUUCAAGAUCAUGGACUACAGCCUGCUGCUAGGGGUACACAACCUGGACCAGGCGGAGCGGGAGCGGCAGACAGAGGGCUCCCAGGGCACCAGUGACGAGAAGCGGCCCGUGGCGCAGAAGGCCCUCUACUCCACCGCCAUGGAGUCCAUCCAGGGCGGGGCGGCCUGCGGGGAGUCCAUCGACACUGAUGACACGAUGGGUGGCAUCCCAGCGGUCAAUGGUAAAGGUGAACGUCUCUUGCUCUACAUCGGAAUCAUUGACAUCCUGCAAUCGUACAGGCUCAUAAAGAAACUGGAGCACACGUGGAAGGCUCUUGUUCAUGAUGGAGACACGGUGUCGGUCCACCGGCCCUCUUUCUAUGCAGACCGGUUCUUCAAGUUCAUGAGCACCACCGUCUUCAGAAAGAACUCUUCCUUGAAGUCCUCACCCUCCAAGAAAGGACGAGUGGCGCUGACCGUGCCCAAAUACACAGGUCCUGGGGCAGCAUGGUCCGCCAGCCAGCUGCCCUCUGAGAGAGACGACAACAUCUACGACCUGCGAGGCGCCCGCAGUUUCCCCACCCUGGAGGACGAGGGUCGGCCUGACCUCCUUCCCUGCACCCCUCCGUCUUUUGAGGAGGCGACCACGGCCUCCAUCGCCACCACCCUGUCCUCCACCACCUCCCUCUCCAUUCCCGAGCGCUCGCCAUCUGAUACCUCUGAGCACCCACGCUACAGGAGGCACACCCAGUCCCUAAGCCACGAGGGAAGGACCCAGGAGGAGGUCCAUGUCCAUGAGGAGGACCAGCAGACCAUCACAGUGGAGGUGGAGGUGAAGAGACACGACAGUGAGCCCUCCAUGGCCCCUGCUCAGCCCACCCCGGAGAGCAGCAGAGUUCCUGAGGCGGCUGCCGCCCCCUCUCCACCCCCUAGCCCCAAGGUGGUGGUGGAGCCUGACGUAGCCAGCCAGCUGUCUGAGGGCGCCAGCCACACCUCUGUGGAGGAAGAGGAGGACGUGCCAAUCACGGACAUUUACUUUCAGCCACCCGAGGACAGGAGCUGGGUGUACUCUCCUCUGCACUAUGGCACAGAGCCUCAGCCUGUGUCGGAUGGGGAGAGCGAGACAUAAACUGGGCUGCCGAAGGAGCCGAGGCGGGGCAGUUUCUCCGGAUGGAACCCAUCAGUGCUGGUCUGCAGCCCCAAGUGGUGUCAGGAGACAAAGCCACGUCUGUAUGAAACAAAAGGAGGAAACAAAAAGGGAUGAACACUGGGAGAAAAUCCCCGGAAACACCCCAUGGACUCUUCCUGGCUCUGCCCGGCGCCCGCUCUCACCCCUGCCAAACCGAUACAUACACCCCAGAUCAGGACAAAAACUGUAAUAUUGCAUGCCCCAUCAGUAAGGUUCAUAUGUGAUUUCCCCUGUCUACACCUCCCCUUUUAGACGGAUGGAUCUGUUUUAUCUUAUUUUAGACCAUGCCCCUAUUCUCAGCUGACUUAAGUAAACUUUUUACAGUUUUAUUUAUUUAAACGAUAUCAUGUUUAUGUACAGUGUCUGAUGUUUUUUUUUAAUUAUCUUUUUUUGUUAUUUGUGCACGUUUCAAACCAAUUUUAAUACUGUGAACAUAUUUUAAAUGUAUGCUGUGCAUCUAACAUGUAGGGGAGCACUACAGUCGAUUAGAGGUGUUUUUUAAAUGAUUAGUUUUAGUAUUUUGGUUUGUGUUGUCUGCUGAUUUUCUGCGUGAUUUUCACUGGAGCUAAAGUUCUCCCAUUCUGUUUCACACAUGAGAAGCAUAUCGCUGUGCAGCACCCGGUCUGCAUCUCAGUGGUCCUCACCACCUCAUUCAUUAUCAUUGUCAGUUAACUUAAACUUUACUCAUGGGAAAAUCUUUUUCCACGGCAAAAUCAUAUUUUCUCUUAAGUUACUUAGUUUUUUGAUGAGGUUUUUUAGGCUCCUAUAAGCACUGAUGCUUUCAUUGCAUAAUUUUACCUGUUUUUAUCGCUUUAAACUCAUCUCCGGUUAAUUUUUAGUGUUUACUGAUUUUUUACAUUAUACUAUUAAAUGCCAGCAGCAUUGUGUUUUGCCUGUCGAUACAAGCAAAUGCAGUGGUCUGGUGCCCAGACUGAACCGCUUUGUCUCAACACUAACAAGUAACUAAGUUAGGAGUCACUUGUUGUGUCUUGGAAUUCUGCAAUAAGAAAGAUGUCUUCCAGGUAAGGCUUGAUGUGUAAGGAAUGCGGCAGUCUGUCUCUCUCCAAGAGUGAAAUAUUGUACUCUUUAUUGGAGUAAUGCUGGGCAUUCAAUUGUUGGAGUCAAAUAGCAGAAUUUGACACAAAGUGAGUAAAAGCCUACAUUAUCCAAAAAGUCUUGUUUGUAUGAAGUACAGCCCUAAGUCCUGUAUGCAGUUAGUUUAAACUUUAUCAUACAUUUCUUAAUGUUUCUCCUCAGUAACUUCAGUUACAUUAUUGUACUUUUGUAUGUUGUGUUAUAGAUAGUUAAGAUAUUUUCAUUGCAUUUAGUUACCUAUGGAGCACUUCAUCAGGAAGCAUUGUUGUCUGGCCUCACAAGAGAUAAGAAAUUCAUAGUUGGCAUCACUUUAGGACCAGACUGAGAUUAACAGGUUGUAGAGGCCAAAGUAAAUCCACAGAAUUCUGCACCCCAUAUUUGUAAUUAACAACUUGCACAUUUCUUUUUGUGAUUUUUUUUUUCAGGCUGCCUUUUAAUCACUCAAUCAAUGUUCAUGUCCUUUGUUUCAAAUGUUUAAAUGAAAGCAUUGUCACAAUCACAUGACCUUACUCCACUCCACUGUUUUCAGUUUAAGUUUAUUUUGAUUUGUCUAUGUUGGUGUUAAAACUUGGCCUAGGCUUAGGUACAAGAAAAAAAUUGUAGAUUUUUUUUUUUCCUUUUUCCAGUGACCUGCAGUUGAUAUGUGUGGGCAUUCAUGCCUGCUCUGUCUUUUUAUACUUUUUUAAAAUCUUUUUUUUUCUCUUUGUGUCUGUGUGUAGGGGGAUCAAAUUGAUGUAAAAUACUGUUCAUUGUAAUAAUGAUGUGCAGUGGCCAGUUAAUCAGUUGCUGUUAUCAAUGAAAACAAAAGUGAGUGUAACAGCAAUAUAAUUAUAAAGUGUAGCUACUAAGUAUUUGAUUGCCUUAUUGAGAAAUGGAAAAACCUUGUUAGACCUUCUUUUGUAGUGGCAUUCUUUUCAUUC